CUUUCUCUGGGAAGAAUGUUAGUUCCUGCUCUUCGCUGGCCGUUUCCUGUAAUCGUACAGUGUUGUGAGACGGAGAAAGCCAUGUGUGUCGAUGCAAAGGAACGAAACUUGAAGGAAUGAUGUCAUGCAUGGACAUGCAUCUCAGCAUUACAUAAAGAAGGAGCUGAAAAGGAUACUGAGGCAGUUGUUUGUUUGAACGCUAAGAGGAACUGGGCAAGGACUGUUUAGAUUUGAUCUCGGACAGAGCUGCAAGGCUGUGCCCAUCUCCCUGUGUGGAGGGGGCAAGAUGGCAGACCCCAUCAUGGACCUCUUUGAGGACACACCCCUAUUUAACCUGGAUGCCCUACCGGACGACUCCUUCUCUCAGGGCACCUCAGACCCCGUGGAGGAGGCUCUUAAGCUGGCCCUUGGCCAGGUGGACCCACCUGCUGAUCCUGAGCCCACGCCAGAGCUCACAGUCAGCCCAGGCCUUGGUGUUCCUGUAGCAGCCCCAACUAUCCCCGAUCCUGCCCCAGUUCAAGUCUCCAUACAGCAGCCCACCCCUGUGGUCGCCCCUCAGACUGUUUCUGUAGCUGCAGCUCCUGCUGCGCCCCCUGCCGUUGUUGAGACUGUACCUCAGGUCCAGGUCCAGGCCCAGACCACCAUCCCUGUUGCAAGCAACACCAGUGGGGCCACCACUGGCACUGUGCUCCUGGGCUCACCACUAACAGUCUCCAGCUCCCCAGCCACCUCCACAACCACACAACAGCUCACACAGAUUACUCACCAGCUCACUCCUCAGCAGUUAGCUGCCAUCACCCAGCAGGCUGGUGGCAAAAUCGUCAUUCUCAAAGGCCCCCAGGGUCAAGCCCAGGUUCUGCAGACUGUAUCAGGAGCCACUGGCUCGACCAGUGGUAAGGUCAUCCGUGUGUUGUCUGGCACUCCUCUGAGACCUGGCAUGUCCAUAUUGCCUGGGGGAACAGUCUUGAACCAGGCCAGCCCAGGCCAAACUCAAGUCAAGGUGGGUGCUGCCGGUGUGCAGAGGCUGGUGCAGUCUCCCAACGGCCCAGUCAAACAAGUUCUAUUGACCUCCAUGCCCCAGCAGGUGCAGCAGACGCAGAGCCAGCCAGUUCAGGUGCAGAUCCCGGCCCAUGCGCAGAUAUCCCAAGGACAGACCCAAGUCCAAAUCCAGCCUCAAGGCCAGGCUGGACAGAUCCACAUCCAACCCCAGGCCCAGGUGCAGCUCCAGCCAGCCAUGCAGACGCAGACGCAGACACAGGUCAGCACCGCUUCUCCUGUCGCCACGAGCAGACCGCAGGGCGUCACCCUGACAACUGUACCACAACAGGGUGGCGAGCCUAAACGGAUCACCCUGGUCCUCCAGCAGCCCUCCCAGCCUGGCUCUACUGCACCCCAGGGUCAAGCUGUCACAGUGGCGACUGGUACAGCCCAGCAGCAGGUUGCACAGGUCCAGCAGGUUCAAACAGCUCAAGGGGGGCAGCAGCAACAACAGCAGCAGCAACAAGGCCAGCCCAGGCUAGUGUUGGGCCAGCUUCCUGGGGGCAAACUGGUUCUCCAGGGGGGCCAGCUUGCUGCCCUCACCCAGGCCCGGACUGCAGGCCAGGCUGGAGGUCAGCCCAAAGUGCUCACCAUUCAGCUUCAGGUGCAGCAGCAGCCCAACCAACAAGGAGGAGUAAAGUACCAGCUGGUUUCAGGCACUGGUGCCACUGGCAGCCCUCAGGUGGUGCAGAUCUCCCAGGGCCAAGGAGGACAGAGAGUUGCAGUGCCACUGAAAAUGUUACUGCAGCCACAGACGAGCUCAGCCUCCUCGAGUGGUGGAACUGUCUCUGUAGUCAAAGUCAUCAACACCUCAACCACCGGCUCCUCCACUACCACCACCACUACUCCCUCGCAGGCUAUCCGCAUCACCAAGGCUGGUGGCAGUGAGCCCGUUACUGUGCGGCGUGUCGAGACCCUGUGCAAGCAGGAGAAGGCCAACCGCAUCGUGGCUGAGGCCAUUGCCCGGGCAAAGGCACGCGGUGAGAAGAACCUCCCCAGGGUUCUGAACCAGGAUGAGCUUCCAGCCAACCAGGUCUCCGCAGAGAUGGGGGGCACAGUGACGGUGGUGAGUGCUGCUAAGAAAAAGCCCAGUGGAGGAGGGAGCAAGAAGAAAAGUCCUGUCGCAGGAGGAGCAGGGGCCAAAAGUGGAGGUGGGGUGGAGAAGAAGAGCAAGGCGAAGGUGGCAGGAGGAGCAGCUGGAGGGGCGGGUGGCAUAGGGAUGACUGGCACUGGGAACAAGAGCAAAAGCAAGACCAAGACAAACACCAUUACCCUAGUAGGCGCAAAGAAGAGGAAGAGAAAUGUUUCCUCUGACCACUCUGAUGGGGAGCUGAGCCCUGCCUCACCUGCUGCUUUGGAGGAGGACAUAAUUACGAAGAGGCGCUCCAAUCGUGUGGUGAAGAGGAAAAAGUACACGGAGGACCUCGACAUCAAAAUAACGGAUGACGAGGACGAGCAGGAAGAUGUCGAUGUUACGACAACCGCGGCUGCUGUUGCUUCCAUUAGCGGAGGGACAGCAGCGCAGCUCAUGGGAGAGCAGCUAAAACAAGAAAUGGAACUGGAUGGAGACGGACUGCCCAGCAUGCAGUUCUUUGUGGAAAACCCCAGUGAAGAAGAUGCUGCGAUUGUAGACAAAGUUCUGUCCAUGAGGUUAACCAAGAAGGAAGUGUCUCCGGGCCAGUACAUCAAUGUUGAGGAAUUCUUUGUAAAAUACAAAAACUAUUCCUACCUGCACUGUGAGUGGGCCAGUCUGGAGCAGCUGGAGAGAGAUAAGAGGAUCCAUCAGAAGAUCAAGAGGUUCAAGACCAAGCAGGCACAGAUGAGGCAUCUCUUCCAAGAGGACGAGGAUCCGUUCAACCCAGACUAUGUGGAGGUGGACAGGAUCCUGGACGAGUCCCACAGUGUGGACAAGGACAAUGGAGAGCCGGUUGUCUACUACCUGGUGAAGUGGUGUUCUCUGCCUUAUGAAGAUGCUACUUGGGAGCUGAAGGAGGACGUGGAUGAGGCCAAGAUUGAAGAGUUCAGCAAGAUCCAAAACAGACAACCUCGUCUCAAGAGAACACCAAGGCCCCCAGCCAGUUCAUGGAAGAAGUUGGAGGAGUCUAGAGAGUACAAGAGUGGCAACACCCUCAGAGAGUACCAGCUGGAAGGAGUCAACUGGCUGCUCUUCAACUGGUACAACAGGCAGAAUUGUAUCCUGGCAGACGAGAUGGGUCUGGGGAAGACUAUCCAGUCCAUCUCGCUGCUGUCAGAGGUGUUUGGUGCUGGGGUCCAGGGUCCUUUUCUGGUCAUCGCUCCUCUCUCCACCAUCACCAACUGGGAGAGGGAGUUCUCCACCUGGACCCACAUGAACGCCAUCGUCUACCACGGCAGCCUGGCCAGCCGACAGAUGAUCCAGCAGUACGAGAUGUACUGCAAGGAUGAGAAGGAGCAUCUGAUCCCAGGUGCAUACAAGUUUGAUGCCCUCAUCACAACGUUUGAGAUGGUGCUGUCCGACUGCCCCGAGCUGAGAGAGAUCUCCUGGCGAUGUGUGAUCAUCGACGAGGCUCACCGCCUCAAGAAUCGAAACUGCAAGCUGUUGGACAGCCUCAAGAUGCUGGACCUGGAACACAAGGUGUUGUUGACAGGCACGCCUCUCCAGAACACAGUGGAGGAACUCUUCAGUCUGCUUCAUUUCCUGGAGCCGGCCCAGUUUCCCUCUGAGACAGAGUUCCUCAGAGACUUCGGAGACCUCAAAACAGAGGAACAGGUCCAGAAACUGCAGGCCAUCUUGAAGCCCAUGAUGUUACGAAGGCUCAAAGAGGAUGUGGAGAAGAAUCUCGCACCUAAACAGGAGACCAUCAUUGAGGUUGAGCUGACGGACGUCCAGAAAAAGUAUUACCGGGCCAUCCUGGAGAGGAACUUCAGCUUCCUCAGCGUAGGAGCCAACAGUAACAGCAACGUCCCCAACCUGCUCAACACUAUGAUGGAGCUGCGCAAGUGCUGCAACCACCCCUACCUCAUCAAUGGAGCGGAGGAGAAGAUAGUAGCGGAGUUACGGGAGGUGUACGACCCCCUGGCCCCCGACUUCCAUUUGCAGGCCUUGAUUCGGUCUGCAGGCAAGCUGGUGCUACUGGACAAGCUGCUGCCACGCCUCAAAGCUGGCGGCCACAAAGUGCUCAUCUUCUCCCAGAUGGUGCGCUGCUUAGACAUCCUGGAGGACUACCUCAUCAACAAGAGAUACCUUUAUGAGCGCAUCGAUGGCAGAGUGCGUGGGAAUCUGCGACAGGCUGCCAUCGACCGCUUCAGUAAACCUGACUCAGACCGUUUCGUCUUCCUGCUGUGCACCCGAGCCGGAGGCCUGGGUAUUAACCUCACUGCUGCCGACACUUGUGUCAUAUUUGACUCUGACUGGAAUCCUCAAAAUGACCUGCAGGCCCAAGCACGGUGCCAUCGUAUCGGCCAGUCUAAGGCCGUCAAGGUCUACCGUCUGAUCACCAGGAACUCCUAUGAGAGGGAAAUGCUGGACAAAGCCAGUCUCAAACUUGGCCUGGAUCGUGCUGUGCUGCAGAGCAUGAGUGGCAACAAAGAGAGCAACGUUAAUGGGAUCCAGCAGUUCUCCAAGAAGGAGAUUGAGGACCUGCUGAGGAAGGGCGCCUACGCUGCCAUCAUGGAUGAGAAUGACGAGGGCAGCCGCUUCUGCGAGGAGGACAUUGACCAGAUCCUGCAGCGUAGGGCUACCACCAUCACCAUAGAGAGCGAGGGCAAGGGCUCCACGUUCUCCAAGGCCAGCUUCGUGGCCUCAGAGACCCGCAAUGACAUUGCACUGGAUGACCCCGAGUUCUGGCAGAAAUGGGCCAAGAAAGCUGACAUUGACUUUGACUCCAUUAACCGCAAGAACACCCUGGUGAUUGACACUCCCAGAGUACGCAAGCAGACCCGGCAGUACUCCAGUUUGCGAGGCGAAGGCGGCGAACUCUCUGACCUUGACAGUGAUGAUGAGUAUCCACCUGCCAACUCCAGACAGUCCCGCUCUUCUCGGCGCUCCGACCGCCACAGCGGAGGGGGUUAUGGUCGCACCGACUGCUUCCGGGUGGAAAAACACCUGCUUGUCUAUGGUUGGGGUCGUUGGAGGGACAUCUUGUCCCAUGCCAGGUGUAAGCGGCGUUUGGGUGAACGCGACGUGGAAACAAUCUGCCGUGUUAUUCUGGUCUUCUGCCUGCUGCACUACCGCGGAGAUGAGAACAUCAAGAGCUUCAUCUGGGAGCUCAUCACACCACCAGAGAACGGCCGUGAGCCUCAAACACUACUCAACCACUCUGGCCUGUCCAUCCCCGUGCCGCGAGGCAGGAAGGGUAAGAGGGUAAAGGCACAGAGUACUUUUGAUGUGCAGAAGGUGGAAUGGAUCCGCAAGUACAACCCAGACACCCUGUUGCUGGAUGACAGCUACCGCAAACACCUCAAGCACCAGUGCAACAAGGUUUUGUUGAGGGUGCGAAUGCUCUACUACUUAAAACAGGAGGUGAUCGGCGAACAUGCUGACAAUGUCCUUAAAGGAGCUGACAUCAGGGAUGUUGAUAUCUGGAUGCCUGAGAUGGAGCAACAGGAAGUGCCGGCAGCGUGGUGGGACACGGAGGCUGACCGCUCCCUGCUUGUUGGAGUAUAUAAACACGGCUAUGAGAUGUACACCACCAUGCGUGCCGAUCCCUGCUUGUGCUUCUUGGAGCGAGUUGGUCGCCCCGAUGACAAAGCCAUCGAUGCCGAGCAGCACAUUGGCGAUCCUGAGCUGGGAGAAGAUGGUGACUAUGAUAAAUACUCAGAGGACCCAGAGUUCAAGCCUGCGUCAAGACACACCAAAGAUCUUUUCGAGGAGCCUGACUCUGUGAACUUGGACGAUGAGAUCAUGGUUGAGGACAAGGCAGGGCCAGUGGUCACAGAGAGCUCCACCAGCCAGAGCGGCGCCUGCGACUGGCCCACCAGCUCGUCGCUCACCGCCCGGCUGCGGCGGCUCAUCACGGCCUACCAACGCAGCUACAGGCAGGAGCAGCUAAAGAUUGAAGCCGAGGCGAAGGGAGACCGCAGGCGCAGGCGCUGUGAGCAGGCCAGCAAGCUGAAGGAGAUUGCACGGCAGGAGCGCCAGCAGAGGUGGACACGCAGGGAAGAGUGUGAUUUCUACCGUGUGGUGUCGACUUUCGGUGUGGAGAAAAUUAAGAAGGAGCCAGGUCUUCCUGAGAGUGACGAGCCUGAGUUUGACUGGACCCGCUUCCGUACCUUCGCCCGUCUGGACAAGAAAACUGACGAGAGCCUGAGUCGCUACUUCCGCUCCUUCGUUGCCAUGUGCCGGAGGGUUUGUCACCUGCGCCCAGCUCGCGGGGAAGAUCCAUCAGAGCUCUCCCAGACUCUGGCCCCCAUAACUGAGGAGCGUGCUUCCCGUACCCUGUACCGUAUUAGUCUCCUGCGUCGCCUCCGUGAACGUGUCCUGCCCCACCCCUGCCUGGAGGAGCGUCUGCCGUUGGCCCCACACAACUCAGAGCUGCCCGCCUGGUGGAGCACGCCUGACCAUGACCGCCAGUUGAUGCUGGGCGCCGCGCUGCACGGUGUCAGCCGCACCGAGCUCUCCAUUUUCUCAGACCCGCAGUUUACCUUCAGUCAGGCUCGCCAGGAGUUCCUCCAGAAUCAGCAGGCCCCGCCCCCUCCUCCUCCUCCUCCCCCCCAGCCGCAGCCCAUAAUGUCCCUUGGUCAACCCAAGACCGAGGAGGAGGGGUCCGGUCUGAAGGAGGAGGGACUGGAGGAGGAUUCGCGCCUGCUGGGAAGUGAAAUGGGCGCAGAGCUGCAGGGCACGCCCCUGACUCACCACGACAGCAAGGGGCGAGGACGGGCCUGGGGCUUCAAGAGGGGCCGAGGCAGGGGGGGCAGAGCUGGAGGAGGAAGGAAAGGAGGUGGAGGAGAAGGAGGCGAAGGAGGAGAGGGAGGAGAGGGAGGCUCGGAUUCGGAUUCUGAUUCGGAUUCAGGCUCGUCUUCCUCUGAGCGGUCAGGCAGCUCUGACGAGAGCGGAGAGAGCGAUGCAGAGGGGGAGGGAGCAGGCAUGAAGAUGUGUGAUGGGGAUGAAGAGAAUAGUUUGCUGUCUAUGACUCCAUCUCAAGAUGGGUUACCUCCCCCUGAUCCCCUCAGAGUGGACUGGCCCAAGGACCGUGUGCUGAUCAACCGUCUGGACAGCUUGUGUACACUGGUGCUGACUGGGCAGUGGCCAUCAGGACGGCGCUACGUGCCCGAGGCACAGCUGAACCCGGGUGGAGAGCUGGGAGGAGACGAGCUGGCCUACACGAGGCUGAUUCGCAAACCCAACAACAUGCCCGGUGGCCCUGUGGUAGACGGAGAGGACGGAGAGUUCACCGUCAAACUCCUCAAGGAGGAGGGGCUGAAGCUGACCUUCUCUAAGCAGGCCCUGAUGCCCAACGGGUCAGGGGGGGAGAGCAGCGGCCGCAAGAGGCGCAAGGACCAAGAGUUAUCAGACCCAGACGGACUCGGUGACGCACUGGAGCGUGCCCCGCGGCGUAGGGACCCCCCCACCUGGCUGAAGGAGAACCCCGACUAUGAGGUGGAGGGAGACAUGCUGGAGCUUCUUGUGAACAGGAGCAAGAGGAAGAGGAGGAGGAGGAGAGCAGACAAAGCCCUGACAGGCAGUGAGAAGGUCAAGCUCAUUCACAUGAGGACAGGAAAGAAGGUUGGAGCCGCGUUCUGUCCCAUGCUGCAAGACCUGAGGGAACAUCUGGAGGAGAACCCUGAUCAUGCUGUAGCACCUGAGUGGUCCGAAACUGUUCGUAAUUCUGGCUUCCUGCCAGAGAGCCUCUUCCACCGACUGCUGUCUGAGCUCUCGGAGAUCCCCAAGAAGGGCCGGCGCCGUCACCAUCACCACCAUCACCACCACCACACUCCCGAGCCCAUCCCUGAAGACCCCCUGCUGGGUGGGGUUGAAGAAGAGACCCUGGUCUCAGACGGUGCCUACAUGAUGGACGAGGAGGACCUGGAGAGCUCCCACCACUUCCUCACGAGUCCAGACUUUGAUGUUAAAAUGGAGGGCGGUGACAGCCUGUCCCAAGGCGGCUACGACAGCUCGGAUCAGGAGGCCCUGUUGGACGAUGUCAUCAUAGCACAGAAGGACUCCGACUCCUCAUCUAGCUCAGAGGAUUGAGUGACCCAAACUCCCCCCAACCCAUCUGACUUGGUCCCCUUCUCAAGAUUCUAUCAUGUUAUUCCUCAUCAUUUAUUUUUAUUGUCAUUAUGUAUCAAAUGAAUUAUGGAUGAAUGUGUUUUUUUUCUUGCUUUGUUUUAUGUAGGCAUUUUUUUUCAAGGAAGAGAGCAGAUUUGCACCCAUCUGUCUUCAUUUCCGUCAUUCAUAAUUAUGUUCCACCUUUUUUUUCCCCUCCUCAAUCAACCUCUCCGCCGCACUCUGACAAAGCGGCAGCAAGCCGAGCUCUGUUGGUGUCACAACUCGCCAUCCUCCUCCUCUCCCUCCAGAACCUCCAACUUCCCAUCGCAUUCCCAGCCGUGACCAAAAGGGGACCCUUGCUGUACAGACACCCUUUUCUUAUCUAAGAACCUCAAUGCUGGUCCUCUACUCUAGUGCUACAUGAAAUUGGAUGAGAGGGCAUGCAUACUGAGCAAAGCCUGAAUCCAGAUCCCACACGUCCCGAGUCUGAUCCCUCUUGGCCACGUCUCUGUGUCCAGAGGUGUCAAUGAACUACAACGGGGUCCAACGUGUGGAUGUACUUUUUUUUGUUUUCACUAUCCGGGAGGGGUGGGAACUUAGAGGGCGGGAGAGGGGAAGGGGUGUAUUAGUUACUGAAGCAGUGCUAGGAGGAGGGGUGUAUUGUACAAUGUAGAGCUGGUCAAUUGUGUGCUAUGGUGCAAAGACGACAGCUAUGAGUAACUAUUCUUGUUUUACGAUCUGACUGUAUCUGUGAUAUGAAUAACAGCAAUCUACCGUGAAAGCAA